AUGCCACCACGGUCACGACACGCCGUCGACCCAUCCCUCACGGCCCAAGCCAACCAGGGCCAGCAGUGGCAGCCUCUGUCCCCGCCCGGCUCGGCCCAGCCCCUUCACCAGGAGAACCCGACAUUCGCGCCGGGGUACGGCAACCAGCAGCCGGCAUACGACGCGUCGUAUGGCCAGCACCAGCCCUAUGUCAACCCCCGCGGGCCACAGUUGCACCAGGUGGACGACCGGCGUGCUGCUCCCCCGAUGGGUGACUACGCACCGCCGCAGGAGCAACAUGUCCCCGUGCCCCAUGGCUCUCAUCUCCGCGGGCAGCCUGCAGCGCCCGCCCAGCCUGCAACGUACAACUACCCCCCAGAGAACCACAUUCCCCCGCCCCCGCACUCGGCUGGCCCGGCGCUCACGGGGCCGCGAAUUCGCAUCGACCCCUCCCAGAUGCCUGACCCCAUCGAUGGUCAGGAGCUCGACCAGAACCUCUACGAUGAUGAGGAGUUCCAUUCGUGCGACACCAAGGGUCUUAUCCCCCUCGCCUUGACCGACUACCGCGGUGUUGAUCAGGGCAACUCGCUUCCGAGGCAUAUCCGCGCGACGCUCCCGACGAUCCCCUCGACGCACCAGCUGCUCGACACGUCCGCACUGCCGUUCGGCCUCGUUGUCCAGCCGUUCGCACCUCUGAGAUAUGACGAGGCACCCGUCCCGCUCGUGUCGAACUGGGUAUCGGGCCAGAGCGCGUUCGACCCCCCACCGACGCCCAGCGGCCCAGAGGACAUUGGUCCUCCUCGUUGUGAAAAGUGCCGCGGCUACAUCAACCCUUGGGUCCGGUUCAUCGACGGCGGCCGCAAGUGGGUGUGCAACCUCUGUGGUGCCGACAACAUGGUCUCGCACUCGUACUUUGCGCAGCUCUCGACGAUGGGACAGCGCGUCGAUCACAACGAGCGCCCAGAACUCCAACACGGUACUGUCGACUUCCUCGCGCCACGCGAAUACUGGUUCCCCCAGCCGGCAGGCAGCAUCUUCGAGGAGAGCCACGACUCAUUGGCACACGCAGGCGACGCGCUCGCGACGACUUCUGCCGACCUUCUGGGCGCGCUGCAGUCCAGCUUGGGCCAGACGCCUAGCAGAGGCAACACUCCGCAACCUGGGCACCGGAAGAAGCACAAGGAGGAGGGGAGGCGGCUCCGUCGCCCAGUGCCUAUCGGUCGUGUUUUCGUCAUCGAUGUCUCGACGGGCAGCGCGCACCGUGGCAUCGUCCGCUCGAUCUGCGAGGGCAUCCACCGUGCACUCUACGGCGACAAGAAGGAGGGAGAAGAGGAGGACGAGGAGGUGAUCGGCCAGGGCGAGCGCGUUGCCUUCGUGACUGUCGGCCAGUCGGUCGGGUUCUGGAGCCUGAGCGCGACCUUGCCACAGCCCCAGCUACUUGUCGUGUCGGACCUGGAGGACAUGUUCUGCCCCAUGGUUGGCGGUUUCCUUGUCGACUCGCAAGAGUCCAAGUCGCAGAUCGAGGCUCUCCUUACGCUCAUUCCGAACAUGUACGAGCAGCAGCCGGACGGACCGUAUUGCGCAAUCGGCGCUGCGAUCAAGGGCACGAUGGACGGCCUCCGCUCAAUCGGCGGCCAGAUCAACUUCUUCUUGGCUGGAUUGCCGCAACUCGGCCCCGGCAAGUUGGAACCGCGUGACGAGUCAUCGCUCGCCGGCACCGACAAGGAGAAGCAACUCUUCUCGCCCGCCGACCCCUUCUGGCGCGUGACGGCGGACGAGCUCGCCGAGAUCGGUAUCGGUGUCAACACGUUCGUGUUCCCCGAGCGCGCCAUGGACCUCGCCUCGGUGUCGGCGCUCUCCGCCGUGACUGGCGGCGACACAUUCUUCCACCCAAAGUAUUCGCCAGUACGCGACAGGGACUCGUUGCACGACGAGAUCAAGCGCGUUGUGACGCGCGAGAUCGCGUACAACGUGCUCGUACGCGUGCGCUGCUCGAACGGCUUACGUGCUUCCGACCACACCGGCAACUUCUUCCAGCGGUCACUGACCGACCUCGAGUUUGGCACGAUGGACGAGGCCAAGGCGUUCGUUGCGACGCUGAAACACGACGGCCACCGCCUCGAUGACCGUCAGAUGGCCUACGUCCAGGUUGCGGCUCUGUACACGAGCUCGAGCGGUGAACGCCGCGUGCGUCUCCUCAACUUGUGCCUGCGAAUCACGGGUCUCAUCGGCAACGUCUUCCGCUACGCUGACUUUGACGCGAGCGUCACCAUGUUCUUCAAAGAGGCCGUGACGCAGCUACCCGUCAAGCGUCUCAAGGACAUCCGGCGGCAGCUGAUCGAGCGCUGCAACCGUGUGUUGCUCAUGUAUCGCAAGCACUGCGCGCCGGCCGUUCAGAGCGGGCAGCUCAUCUUGCCUGAGGGUUUCAAACUGCUUCCAAUCUUCACACUGUGUAUGGUCAAGGCCAAGCCGCUCAAGGGGGGCAACGUCGUCGCCGACGUGCGCUCCCACUAUCUCCGCGUCGCCAAGGGCGCAGGGGCGACGGCGACCAUGUCCUCGCUCUACCCCAGAAUCAUGGCAGUGCACGACCUCGAUGAGCAGUACGGCUUCCCCGGGCCGAACGGGCGUCUGCGCCUCCCGCGCUUCAUGCGGGCAAGCCACAUGUGGAUGGUCGCCGAGGGCGCGUACCUGCUCUCGAACGGCGAGAUUGCCAUGUUGUGGUUUGGUGGUGCCGUGUCGCCGCGUAUUAUCGACGAGCUGUACGGGGUCGAGAACGCGGACGAACUCGAUGUCCGCAUCACGCGCCUCCCCAAGCUUCCCACGCUCCUCAGCACGCAAGUCCGCAACAUACUCACCCAUCUCGAGCGACUUGCUGGGCACGAGCUCCCGGUCCUCCUCGUACGCCAGGACCGCGAUGGCCUCGAGAUCGAGUUCGCCAACAUGCUCGUCGAGGACAGCAACAACGACGCCCUUUCGUACACGGACUUCCUCAUGUCUGCACACAAGGCCAUCACCAACGAACUCAGCGGUAAGGGCAACGACGGAUGGCGCGCACCCUGGGCAUAG